AAAUAUUUGAGGAAAACAAGUAGUUGCAACAGUGCAUUCGGCUUCUGGAUUGGCUGCUGCUUUGAAUUUUCUAAUCAGGGCUAUCAUGUUAAACGUUUGUUUAAAUAAUGAUUCUAGAUAAAAUAUCCAAAAAUGUUUAAAAAAAUGACCAAUAGUUUAACCACGUCUUUAGUCCUAUCACAGAAAACAAGAGCGUCGCAGCGUAUCGAGAUGACGUCCUUGACCCCCUUCCAAUGACAUUCCACGGCUUCCAAUACAUACUCGUCGCCUGCGAUGUGUUCAGAAAAUAUGUGCGAGCGUGGCCAAUGCGUCGACAGACACGGAAGGAGACGGCAAGUCUGUUGUACCAUCGAUGGUUCACCGUACACGGAGUGCCGGAAACUAUACACUCGGAUCGAGGUCGAACACUCCGUCUCCCAGCAGACUUAAUAAAUCCGUCACCAAAUCACAGAGUCUGGGAAAAUUUAGAAGGGUUGAGUUGAUAUUUUACCUCCAAGCAUAAUUGGUCGUCGUGGCGCCAGUGCACCAUCCGCAUUUUGACAAGGUCGACAAUUCUCGUUGUGCAGUUGAUAACUUGGCUCGUUGUGCGUAUUGCGGUUAAACCGUUGGUGUACUUCUUUUGGGUUAUUGUGUCGAGGCAAAGCGAAUCCUGUAUGUAGAGCAGCGUUCCGGAUCACACACUUUACGUAAAGUAUUGAUUAAGAUGUUAUCGGACUAACGUAAUAUUUAAUUGGUCUAGUACUCUAGUGUUUAACCCUUCGCUUUUGUUUGUAACAGCGAUACUCUCUUACUUUUAAAAUGCUUAAACUUUGUUGCUUUUUCACUUUCUGUUUCCUUCUACACAAUAUUCGAGAAAUUAAAUCUCAACAACCUGAAGAGAUUUGUUUCCGGCCUCCAACAAAUCCCAACCCAGGCAGACCCGGUAAGAGAGGACCUCCCGGAGGAAAAGGUGACAAGGGUGACGUUGGUCCAACUGGGCAGUGUGUUUGUGAUGAAAUGUCUCAACUUCGUCAGGAAAUACAACAACUUAAUCGCAGGAUCGCAACAAUCGAACAAUUCAAGCAUUCUCACACUGAUAAGCUAACACAUUGCUCGGUUGGAAUGAAGGAUAGGAGAGUAAGAGACGAAGACAUCACCGCAUCUGCUACUUUCGAUACCGGAAUUAACACAUACUACCACCCAAAGCAUGCGCGUUUGGAUAAUGUUCUAACAGGGGUACAUGUGGGAGCGUGGGCAUCUGGGAACCUAAGUCCUGGAAAUUGGAUUCAAGUUGAUCUUCAAUCUCCCACUCUUUUAACUGGAGUUGUGACUCAAGGUAGACCGGAGAGACAUUUGCAAUGGGUUACAAGUUACAAAAUCGCAUAUGGAAUGAAUCAAACCAGUUUUCAAACUAUUCAAAGCAGUAACGGGAACGACUUGAUAUUUCAAGGAAAUAGAGAUAUGAAUACGAAAGUUACAAAUAUGUUUCCUGCUCCAAUCAUUGGACGUUAUGUACGUCUCAUACAUAUUACUUAUCAUAGACAUGCAUCAAUUCGAUUGGAAUAUCUGACUUGCUGAACUGCACGCUCAAGAACGACCGAGACAAAUUAUGAUUAAUGUUACGAAUCAGUUCUCUCUUAUGUCCGAUUUUAUUCAACUUUUAAUUUAAUAUAUAGUAGGGUGGGGGGAAAUAGGACACCUUGAACACAAAAUAUAAUGUUAUUGAGCACGGUAGUGGUCAUAUAGAUUCUUUUUCGUCGAACAGUUGGCGUUGUUGUUGUUGCUGAUAGGGCGAUUUUUUUCCGCAAUUACAUCAAUUCUCAAUUUUAACAUUUAUUCUUUAAUCUCUUGAUAGGGUUAAUUAAUACUAUGCUAAUUAGUUUAUACCGUGCUCAUGCAUUAGAUCUGUGAUCUCUUGUAUUCAUAUUGCUGUUUCAUAUCCUUUGAACUUGUUUGGUUUAUAGAAAGACCAACUUUAAUUUAUCGAGGUCUCUCUGUACAACAGUAUGUAAAUACGGUAUUUAUAAAUGUAAAUACAACAUUAGUAUCAAGGCA